AAUGAUUUCAAUAUUUAAUAUGUAUUUAAAUACUUUUUAAAAUAGAAAACACCAAAUGGUCUUGCACUAACCUUGAAAAUUAGGUUUCAGAUAUGCAACAUUUCAUUUAAUAUGCCAAUCUUUACCAAAAGCAAAUUUCCGCUAAAAUUGGAUGCAAAAGAAAUAUGAGAAAUUUUGAUAUUAAGCAUUUUUUCAAGAAACCAAAGUUUCUAAAAAGAGGAAGAGUUUUUUUGCAAACUUUAAAAAAUGAAUCCAGGUGCAUUAUUUACAAAAGAUAUAGCUGAACUUUCUAGGAGACUAAUUGACAAGUUAACAAAGGAAAUAGUAGCCGAGUCUGGUGUAGUUCUUCUCAUUAAUAAAGACAAUGAUGAGCUCUCCUCUGCGUGCUUUGGUAAUAAACAUUGUGUUGAUGAAGAAUAUACUACUGAGUUAUCAAAGAGUGCUUUCAAUGAGUGGUUCAAUCAUCCUAAAGCCUUUUAUUUCGCUUUGACACCUCAUUCUCCGAUUGCUGUUGAGUUUAAGAAUUUGCAAGUUUUUUAUAAUAUAGAUUUUCAAAUUAAAAAUGUUUUGGUGGCUCCUUGUUUUAAAGAACCUGACAAAGAAUUAAUUGCCUUCUUUUGUUUAUUUAAUAAGUUAGGGACAUCGAGUUUUUCAAUGCCAGAUAUUGAAUUUGUAUUGAAUUUUAUUGAAAAUUGCAAGUUCAUUUUGUGUAAUGCUUUGGAUUGGAAGUGUCAAGAAGUUAUUCAAAGACAAAGCAAAGCACUUCUUGAAAUAUCCAAAAAUUUGUUCAGUAAUUUAGAUGACAUAUCAACAUUGCUUAAUAAAAUCAUGGAAGAGGCAAGGAAUUUAACAAAAGCUGAAAGGUGUUCACUAUUUUUGGUUGAUCACGAUAAUUUUGAACUAGUUGCUAAAGUAUUUGAUGGAAUUAAAACAGAGACACCAGAAGUAAGAAUUCCUAUAAAUCAAGGGAUAGCCGGACAUGUUGCAUGCACAGGAGAAAUGCUCAAUAUUAAAGAUGCCUACUCCCAUCCGUUAUUUUAUCCUGAUGUUGAUGCUAUGACAGGAUUCAAAACAAAACAUAUACUUUGUUUCCCUAUACGUUCUGUGAAAGAUAAAAUAAUUGGUGUGGCUGAGCUUUGCAAUAAAAUCAAUGGAAAUUCUUUUACAAAGUUUGAUGAAGAGAGAACAAAUGCUUUUGCAAUUUUUGUUGGUCUUAGCCUAGUUCAGAGUUUACUUUAUAAAAAAGCAACAGAUGCACAACAAAGAAGCAAAUUAGCGAAUGAACUAAUGUUGCAUCAUAUGAGAGCACCUGCAAUAGAAGUAGAUAAGUAUUUGAAUGGUCCGCUCCCUACAAAAAAUAGUGUUCAUCCACAGUUGGAUAACUUUUCAUUCAUGCCAAGAAUCGAACUGGCUCAACAUGACUCUGUUCAAGUUGUUGUUGCAAUGUUUGUAGAUUUGGAUUUAAUUCAAAAACUUAAGAUUCAUUUGUCAACACUUGUUCGAUUCAUCUUAACUGUGCGGCGUGCAUAUAGAGAUGUACCUUAUCAUAAUUGGACUCAUGCAUGGACAGUUGCUCAUUUUGCAUAUCUCCUUUUAAAGACAGCACAUGCUAAAGAAUACUUCAGUGAUUUGGAAUCAUUUGUUCUGUUAAUAUCUUGCUUAUGUCAUGAUAUUGAUCAUAGAGGUACUAGCAGCUCAUUCCAAGUCUCCUCACACUCUGUACUAGCUUCAUUAUAUAGCUCAGCAGGAUCAAUUUUAGAGAGACAUCAUUUUGCACAAGCAAUGUGUAUUAUUCAAACAGACUCUACAAAUAUCUUUGAAACAUUUUCUGAAGAAGGUUACAAAAGAGCAUUGGAUUUAAUGAAAGUGAUGAUAAUUGCAACUGAUAUAGCAAAUCAUUUUAAAAUAUCUUCUCAGAUUAAUAAACUUGUCAAAUGUGGUAUUGAUAAAGCAGAUAAAAAACAUUGUGAAAUGAUAUUGUCUUUGUGUAUGACCACUGCUGAUCUAUCAGAUCAAACAAAACCUUGGGAAAGUACAUUUGGUGUAUCUGAUCUUCUAUAUGCUGAGUUUUUUGCACAAGGAGACCAGGAAAAAUCUUUAGGUUACAAUCCUAUAGAGAUGAUGGACCGCGAUAAAGCUAGUGUUCCAGAUUUACAAUAUGGUUUCCUAAAUAAAAUUGCUUUACCUAUUUACGAGUUACUCGCGAAUAUUUUUCCGGAAUCGUCUUGCAUUCUUUUGUGUAUUCGAGAAAACAUGAAUCGAUGGAAAGAACUUAACACUUUGAGAAAAGAGUUUUCUGUAUAAAAUUGUUUGUUUUUAAAUAUACGUGUUUUUACUACCAUAA